AUGCAAAUGGGUCUAGGUAAUGAAAAUAAAUACAAAGGAAUAAAAAUUGAAUGGAAUUCUGAAGAAGUAAUUCCAUAUAUAAAAGGUCAGCUUGCUGAAAUACGCAAUAAUGCAUUGAAAACUGUAGAAGAAGCAUUUUCUGGUAUUAAUGAUACAAAAAACAACGACCUAACUCUAUUUGAAGUUGAAAGAAAAAAAAGCGAUGAUUUAAGGAACAAUCCAACUAAAGAAGAUGCUCCUCCGUUAAAAUGUAGUCAACUUGAAUUGUUAAAAUUCCUAAAACACUCCAAUGAUAAACUUUCAAAAUACAAUAUCGGGACUGAAAAAAUUCAUUUUGUAAAUACAUAA